GCAGCCGGCCUGGUGCGGCGCGGGGGACAGCAGAGCCCCCGGGCUUGGCCUUUCCGGGGGCCCGCGGGGUCCCGGCGCUCUGGGGUUUUGCACACAGCAAAGCUGGAUGCUGCCUCUCGCUCCCGGGCUCCACGGCCUUCUCAGGGUGAACUCUUGAUGGACUCGACCCCGCGGCCGGCGACCCUGGGCAGGAGACAUGGCUCUGACGCGCUGGCUCAGGAGGCACAGUUUCUGCCUGUCGAGGAGGAAAAGGUCCUUGCUGUUGAAACUCACAGCGGUGGCCUUGGCCUCCUUCCUGUUUUGUGAAUUUCUCAUCUAUUACCUUGUCAUCUUCUGGUGCCGCUGGCCGGAGGUGGGAACUCCAGCCCCAGGCAAACGGGGGCCUGUGCUGAAGGCCAUGUUUCUGGCCGAUACCCACCUGCUCGGGGAAAUAACUGGCCACUGGCUGGACAAGCUGCGAAGGGAAUGGCAAAUGGAGAGGGCCUUCCAGACUGCUCUGUGGUUGUUGCAGCCGGAAGUUGUCUUCAUUCUGGGGGACGUCUUUGAUGAAGGGAAGUGGAGCUCCUCCAAGGCCUGGGAGGAGGAGAUGGCACGAUUUCGGCAAAUGUUCAGACAUCCCGGUCAUGUGCAGCUGAAGGUGGUCGCGGGCAACCACGACAUUGGCUUUCACUAUGAGAUGAGCCCCUACAAAGUAAGACGAUUUGAGGAGGUGUUCAGCUCCGACAGGCUGUUUUCUUGGAAAGGAGUAAAUUUUGUGAUGGUCAACAGUGUGGCGCUGGAAGGGGACGGCUGCGGCAUCUGUUCUGAAGUAGAGGCUGAACUCACUGAAGUCUCUCGCAGACUGAAUUGCUCCCGGGAGCAGGUGCCGGGCUCCAGCCAGUGUGCGGGUGGGCAGCAGCUCCCUGCCUCCGCCCCCAUCCUCCUGCAGCACUACCCGCUGUAUCGCGCCAGCGAUGCCAACUGCUCUGGGGAAGAUGCGGCUCCUCCGGAGGAGAGGAACAUCCCUUUCCAGGAGAAGUACGACGUGCUUUCUCGGGAGGCCUCACAGAAGCUGCUGUGGUGGUUCCGUCCACGCCUGAUCCUGAGUGGCCACACGCACAGCGCCUGUGAGGUGCUGCACCGCGGGGGCGUCCCCGAGAUCAGUGUCCCGUCUUUCAGCUGGCGGAACAGAAACAACCCCAGUUUCAUCAUGGGCAGCUUCACGCCCAGAGACCAUGCCCUCUCCAAGUGCUUCCUCCCCCUGGAGGGCACAGUUCUGAGCACGUACUGCGCAGCCGCAGGGCUCCUGGUGGUCCUCACCUUCGCCCGCCUGGAGUGCCUAGCCUCGCCUUUCCUUUCCGUUUGGACCCUGCUCAGAAUGCACAUGGCCCGGUGAAGAGCGGUGCUGGCUGUGUGCCAUAGCGAGUGCCAAGCCAAAGACCCAGCUCCUGCAGGACUCAUGGGGCUCAGGCCAGCCAGGCUGGCUAUGGGCCUGCGCACGUCAGGGGAGGGCUGAACCUCUGAGGAGUGACUGAGGAAUAAACCGCUGAUGGUCCUCAUGCGAUAAAAAUGGAACACGUACUCUAUAACAGCCUGCUUACCCAACGUACGUGCGAUCGGAGGUGGCAUCUGCCCAGCACAGAGGUGCCCGAUACCGCUCCUUGCAUGAUGCACCACCCUGCUCCCCAGGAAGCACCCGUGCCCUGGUGCACGCUCAGGCUGACACGGGCACAUGAACAUUGGGUGUGCUUCUGUCCUUCUGUGAAGUGGCUCUCAAAUUCCUACGUCCUAUGAAGCCCUACACUUAGAACUACAGAUGCGAUGUGUGGGGGCACAUGGUUGAUUCUUACAGACUUCUGUACUUCUAUGAGAAACUAAUAGAAUCAGUUUUAGGUGAGUAGAUUUUCUGUCUAGGAGACCAUGUUCUUACAUCUGAAUUCAAUGCCUGUUAAUGAUCAAAAAUUGAAAAAAAUGGAAUGCUGAUAUAUGGCUGUUAGUAUUAAAAAUGAAUAUUUUGAUAAUUUCAA